AUGUCCGCAGUCAGAUGGAGUAAAGGUACCGGGAACAGAAUGAGCCUUAUCAGGAGGAGAAGUGACAGUUGUAGUUUGAGGUGGAAUAACCGUGACAGUACAUGUGUCGACCUUUCCACAGUCGGAAGGUGUAAAAGUUCCAGGAACAGGGUUAUGACUGUUUGGAGGAGCAGUGACUGUUGUAGUCUGUGGUGGAAUAACCGUGACAGUACAUGUGUCAACCUUUCCACAAUCACUUGGAGUAUAAGUUCCAGGAACUGGAUUACGACUGUUUGGUGGAGCAGUCACUGUGGUCGUUUGAGGAGGAACAACCGUGACAGUACAUGUAUCAACCUUUCCACAGUCGGAAGGUGUAAAAGUUCCAGGAACAGGGUUACGACUGUUUGGUGGAGCAGUAACAGUAGUAGUUUGAGGGGGAACCACCGUAACGGUACACUUUGCCACUUUUCCACAAUCCGAAGGAGUGUAUGUUCCAGGAACAGAGUGGAUACUAUUUGGCGGAGCUGUAACAGUCGUAGUUUGUGGUGGAACAACAGUAACAGUACAAGUAUCAAUCUUUCCACAAUCAGAAGGCGUAAACGUGCCAGGGACAGGAUUACGACUGUUAGGUGGAGCAGUCACUGUUGUUGUUUGAGGAGGAACAACUGUGACAGUACAUUUUGCAACUUUUCCACAAUCAGAAGGUGUAAAAGUGCCGGGAACAGAAUGGAUACUGUUAGGUGGAGCAGUUACUGUUGUAGUUUGUGGUGGAAUAACUGUAACCGUACAAGUAUCGACCUUUCCACAAUCAGAAGGAGUAUAUGUUCCAGGAACGGGAUUACCACUAUUUGGCGGAGCUGUAACCGUAGUAGUCUGUGGUGGAACAACAGUCACAGUACAUGUAUCAACCUUUCCACAAUCGGAAGGCGUAAACGUGCCAGGAACAGGAUUACGACUGUUAGGUGGAGCAGUCACUGUUGUAGUUUGUGGCGGAACAACAGUAACAGUACACUUUGCAACUUUUCCACAGUCGCUUGGAGUAAAAGUGCCAGGAACAGGAUUACGACUGUUUGGUGGAGCUGUAACAGUCGUUGUUUGAGGAGGAACGACAGUAACAGUACAUGUGUCGACCUUUCCACAAUCGGAAGGUGUAAAAGUUCCAGGAACAGGAUUACGGCUGUUUGGAGGAGCAGUCACAGUAGUAGUCUGAGGUGGAACGACAGUGACAGUACAUGUAUCGACUUUUCCACAAUCACUUGGAGUGUAUGUUCCAGGUACAGAAUGGACACUGUUUGGCGGAGCGGUGACAGUAGUAGUUUGUGGUGGAACAACUGUAACUGUACACUUUGCAACCUUUCCACAAUCGCUUGGAGUAUAAGUGCCAGGAACGGGAUUUCCACUAUUUGGCGGAGCAGUCACAGUCGUAGUCUGCGGAGGAACAACCGUAACCGUACACGUGGGAGACACCAGACAAUCCGUGGGCGUAUGGGUGCCCGGGAUCCCGCCGCUCUCGGUCACAGUUGUGAAAUCCUGCGGUGGAACCUCCACAAUGGUACAUGUGGGCACCAGCAGACAGUCUGUUGGAGUGUAAAAGCCUGUAGUCGGGUGGAGACUGUUUGUGCCAUAAGACGUUGUGGUGGUGACGACUGGAGGCACGGCGCAGUCUUGUGGGUCAAACAGAAGCUGCUGCACGAGAUUGAAGUCGCUGACAGUCUGGCCGUCGGGCGUAGUAUACGACACCGCCAACGCCAGCGGCCCGUUCCAGUUGAAGGUGACGAUCUUGAGCGCGUACGCAAAGCCCUUUUCCAAGUACGCCUGCGUCGUUUUCGCCGAAGCAUCGCCGGCGCCGGCAAAGCCACGCAAAGUACUGAUGCUAAACUGCGAGGUGACCGAGUCAACAUUGUCGCAGCAGCCGCCCACAGUCACCAACGACAAGGCGGCGCCGUCGUCUGCGCUGUCAAUGGACCAGCUGUACACACCGGUGGCAUCCGGAACGAAGUAACCCGUGUACUCGAUGGUGAAGUUGGAAAUGGUGAGGGGCUGGCCGUACAAGGUGCCCCACUUGAGCAAGUUGUUGCGGAUGGUGAAGCUGAAGUCGAUGUUGGUGAGCCCCGAGAUGGAGAACACCUGGCCGCCCAGCUUGUAACCGUCCUGAAGGAAAUUGGUAUCCCAGCCUGUUUUGGAGGCGAGCGGGUAUCUGUAAGCGACGGCAUUGAAACCGGUUCCAAGAACGCUGGAAGGCACACAUCCGGCGCCCACAACAGCGGCGAAAAUGUAAAAGGCAAGCCACUGCAAAAACAUACCGACGCCAGAAAAAACAUGGCCGGGCGGCUCCAAGCGUAUUUAAACGCCCAUGGUGCUCAGGUGGGAUGUGAAAUGCAUGCAAGGUUUACGAGCCUUGCCUUCGCGAAGUUUCGCUUGACAGAUCAGACAACUUUUACUAUACUUGGUCGCCGAGUUCUUUUGUCGUCGAAGCUGUCUCUUUUGUCGUCAAAGCUGUCUCUUUUGUCGUCGAAGCUGUCAUUUUGUCGUCGAAGCUGUCUCUUUUGUCGGUCUUGUUUGUCUUGUUUGUCUUUUCUGUCUUGUUUGUCUGUCUUGGCCGGCUUCUCCGCAUGUUUCCAGUGUGUUACCCACAGAUGCAGAAGCACACGCGGCGGCUAUUCUAGCUUCUUCCAUGUGUCUCAGUGGCCAAAGAAAAAUCAGCCACAUCCACCUGGCCUAGAUCUGCGGGCAGCUGCGCCUCAUGGCAGAUUGUGCAUCUUCUAA